CAGUGCGGCGGAGGAGUCCGAGGAGGGUGACAUGUACGAGGCGCCCCCCUGUGAGAGCCAGGCCUGGAAGGUGGCUCCAGCCAAGAGGCAGGAGGACACGGACGGCACCUACCUAGAUCACGCCACUGCCCGGCGCUGCUCGGAGCCUUUUGCCCUCCUGCCGGCCAAGUUCCUGUCAAAGCUCAGCCUGGUGCCUGGCACAGACGCUGGCAAUGGAGAGGAGAUGCCCCAGGGCCUGGCCUGCGGGAAAGUUCAGGACAGAACCCGGGCGAAGCUCCCCCCAGCUCCCGGCAGUCGCCGGGUCUCCCUGCCCGUCCCCCUCCCGAGCCUGGCUGAUUCCUCCCCCGAAGCCUCGAGCAAAGCCCCAGCCUGGCCCAGGGGCAGUGGCUCCCCGGUGGAGGAUCCUGGCAUGCAGGACCAGGCCUGGUACGCGGGGAGCUGCGACCGGCACCUGGCGGAGCGCGUCCUGCAGGGGGUCAAUAAGGACAGCGCGUUCAUGGUGCGACAGAGCUCGGGGCAGGGCUGGAACCAGCCAUUCACCUUGGCCGUGCUGUACAAGGGCCACGUCUACAACAUCCCCAUCCGCUACGUGGAGAGCAGCCGCCAGUACGCGCUGGGCAAGGACGGGAAGAGCCGCGAGGAGCGGUUCGACAGCGUGGCCGGCAUCAUCCAGCACUACCGCGAGCACCCCCUGGUGCUGAUCGAGGGCAGCUCCGCCUCCAGGGCGCACACCUGCCUGCUCUUCCCCGUCAAGCCCUGAGGGCCGGGGGCAGGCUGGGGGCCCGGCUGCGGCCACCCCCCAGCUCUGCCGUGUGGGACUUGAGGUUCUCUGCACUGGCCGCUCUGGGGUGGACAGC